CAGUGCUCGUGCGGCGGUCACAGUCGGAGGAAGCAAGGCAGCGUGUGUGGUGCAUGAGUGAGCGUUUUCAACAGGCUGGUCUUCCCCUUUCAAGUUGUUCUUGGAAACUUACGCACAUCACCGCUGCUUUGACGCCCCACGCACCAAGGCUGCGAUCGGAACCCUUCUGAGCAACGAUAGCCAGUGAAGACCCCACGGAAGCGCCCCCGCGGCUACACAGAGGGGAGGAUGAGGGAAACUAACCACAAACCUCAACGCCUCCUCAACAUAGCGAGCGGCCACGAAGUAUACGACAACCUCCACACACGAUCCAACACUCAGGAGGGUCUGUGCACGCGGUACCAGUGCAAUGGCGCCCUCAUGCUGCCGCGGAAGAGUGGGACGGAGCCGAGGUCCACGGAGGAGGCACUCAAGCUGGCCAGGGAAUUCAUUGAUGAAUAUUACCACUCCAUCAAGAGGUACAACAGCGAGCAGCACCGUCUCCGCUGGGAACAGGUGUGUCGCGAGAUGAAUGACCGAGGAACCUACGAUCUCACACAGACGGAGCUCGUGUACGGCGCCAAACUCGCCUGGAGGAACGCGCCAAGGUGUAUCGGCCGCAUCCAGUGGUCAAAAUUGCAGGUGUUUGACGCGCGCUAUGUCAGCACAGCAAGCGGCAUGUUUGAGGCGCUUUGUAACCACAUCAAGUAUGGCACCAACAAGGGAAAUCUCAGGUCGGCCAUCACUAUCUUCCCUCAGAGGACAGAUGGCAAACAUGACUUCCGGGUGUGGAACUCUCAGCUGAUCAGUUACGCGGGUUACAAGGCAGAGGAUGGCACUGUUAUAGGUGACCCCGCCAAUGUGGAGUUUACUGAGGUGUGUCAGAGGCUGGGGUGGCGAGGCAAGGGGGGUCGCUGGGAUGUGCUGCCCCUCGUGCUGUCGGCCAAUGGACAUGACCCAGAGUGGUUUGACAUCCCUCCUGACCUCAUCCUGACUGUCCCCAUCACCCACCCUGAAUACAAGUGGUUCGAGGAGCUGGAGUUGCAGUGGUAUGGCCUCCCAGCAGUGGCUUCUCUUCUGUUUGACUGUGGGGGGCUGGAAUUCCCUGCUGCUCCCUUCAAUGGCUGGUACAUGGUGUCGGAGAUUGGCACUCGGGACUUGUGUGACAGCCAUCGCUACAAUGUCAUGGAGACGGUGGGGAAGAGGAUGGGGCUGGACACACGAAGCCCCACCAACCUCUGGAAGGACAAGGUCUUGGUCGAGGUCAACAUUGCUGUCCUCCAUUCCUUCCAGAGCCUCAACGUAACCAUCGUUGACCACCACUCGGCAGCAGAGUCCUUCAUGAAACACUUUGAGAACGAACAGAAGCUGCGAGGUGGGUGUCCUGCUGACUGGGUAUGGAUCGUGCCGCCUCUCUCCGGCUCCAUCACACCUGUCUUCCACCAGGAGAUGACGGUUUACUACCUCAAGCCCUCCUAUGAGUACCAGGACCCUGCCUGGAAAACGCAUGUCUGGAAGAAGAACAAGGAUGUCAAUCGUAACUCUAUCAGAAAAACGAAACGCAAGUUCCGUUUCAAAGAGAUUGCAAGAGCUGUGAAGUUCACCAGCAAGCUGUUUGGCAAGGCACUGUCCAAGAGAAUCAAGGCCACCAUUCUUUAUGCCACUGAGACCGGCAAGUCAGAGAUGUACGCCAAGAAGCUGGGAGAGAUUUUUGGCCACACUUUCAAUGCUCAGGUAUGCUGCAUGGCGGACUAUGACCUCAUCAACAUAGAGCACGAGACCCUUGUGUUGGUGGUGACGUCGACGUUUGGCAACGGAGACCCUCCAGAGAAUGGGGAGGAAUUCAUCAGAAAACUCGUAUACAAGUACAAGCCUAAAAAGGACUUUGCCAAAAAUCUGUAUGCCAUGAAGGUCAGUGGAACAGCGGCAGACAUUGAUGACAUUACCAGCAGCAUGCACCGCAGUCUGUCCUUUAUGCGGAUGAACAGCCUGACAGAGGGUGCUGGUGUCUCCUCUGUGGCUCAGGAAAACGGGGUCGCAAACUCUAAUUUCCGAAGCUCCAUCACAUCUGAUAUCAUGUCGGAGAAUAACUUUGGGGCACUCAGCAAUGUACGGUUUGCUGUGUUUGCUCUUGGGUCCAGCGCUUAUCCAAACUUUUGUGCAUUUGGGAAGUAUGUCGACAACCUUUUAUCUGAGCUUGGUGGGGAGCGACUGAUAAAGCUGACCUGCGGUGAUGAGCUGGCCGGCCAGGAGCAAGCCUUCAAGCAGUGGGCAGCAGAGGUGUUCAAUGUUGGGUGUGAGACUUUCUGCCUGGACGAUGACGUAGCCAUGAAGGAAGCCACUGCUGCCCUCAAGACUGAAGCUGCAGCAACGGCAGACAAGAUCAAACUGUACCCGUGCAAUCUCAGUGACAACAUAGCUCUUGGCUUGUCCCGCACUCAUGGCAAGAGGGUGAGGUCAUGUGAAGUGUUGGCCUCAAGGGAUUUGCACGGAGAAAAUGCCAGUGGCAGCAGCAGCCGGGGAACCCAGCAGGUGAUCCUGAGCACCAAGGGCACCAACGAGCUGCACUACCAGCCUGGUGACCACGUGGCCAUCCUGCCGGCCAACAGGAAGGAGCUGGUGGAGGCUGUGCUGUCCCGCCUGCAGCAGUGUCCAGAUCCAGACCAGCCCAUCCAAGUCCUGCUGCUGAAGGAAAUCCACUCCAUCAAUGGCAUAACACAGACUUGGGAGCCACACGAGAGGCUUCCAUCAGCCAGCGUGAGGGAGCUGCUGACCCGUUACUUGGACAUCACCACGCCACCCACCUCAAACUUCCUCCAUGUGCUGGCGGAGUAUGCACACGAUAAUGAUGAGCGCACUCGCCUUGACCAGCUGGCCACGGACCCUCACGAGUAUGAGGAGUGGAAACACUUCCGAUACCCACACUUGAGUGAAGUUCUGGAGGAGUUCCCCAGUGUGAAUCUCGAUGCUGGUCUGCUGCUUACCCACCUACCACUCCUUGGUCCAAGGUUCUACUCCAUCAGCUCCUCUCCUGAUGCUCACCCAGGCGAGGUCCACGUAACUGUGGCCAUCGUCCAGUACCACACAGAAGGAGGAAAGGGUCCACUGCACUAUGGUGUGUGCUCGAAUUUCCUGAAGGAAGUGUCACCUGGAGAUCAUGUGGAGCUCUUUGUCAGAAGCGCGCUGAGCUUCCACCUGCCGAGAGACCCCACUGUGCCCAUCAUUAUGGUGGGACCAGGCACAGGUGUGGCACCCUUCCGAGGCUUCUGGCACCACCGCCACCAUGCCAUACUCCACAAAAAAAUCCCAGAGAAGGUGAGCCAGAUGACCCUCUUCUUUGGCUGCCGAACACGAAAGAUGGAUCUUUACUCUGAAGAGAAGGAGACAAUGAAGGCGUGUGGUGUGCUCACACACACCCACCUGGCACUCUCUCGGGAGCCCACACUGCCUAAGACCUAUGUCCAGGAUCUGCUGGUGGAGGUGGGUGCAGAGGUGUACCGAAGAGUGGUGCUGGAGAAAGGCCACUUCUAUGUGUGUGGAGACUGCACCAUGGCAGAGUGUGUCUACCAGAAGCUGAAGGCCAUUGUACAGGAACACGGCCGCUUCUCUGAUCAGGAGGUGGAAAACUUUAUGCUGCAGAUGAGGGAUGAGAAUCGGUAUCACGAGGACAUUUUUGGCAUUACGCUGCGGACAGAGGAGAUUCACCGCCAGAAGAGAGAGAGUGCCAGGGUGCGAAUGUCAUCCGUGGCACAGCAGGGGCCUCCCACCCCAACCCAAGCCCCUGCCAAUGCUCCCAGCCUGCCCACACCACCACCCAGACCCAACACACAGCCCACGCUGCCCACUCAGCCCACCUCUCAGGAGGAUCAUGCGGCCUCCCUCCCCAACGAAUAGGGAAGCCCUCGAGGGCCGAUCAGCCUCUCCAAUACCUGUUUCUCCACCACACUGAAGCGGUUAUCAAAAGCAUUGGUUAACUACUUACCAAGCAGUAUUAGGCCCACCUAAGUCAGUAAGUGGAACACAUUCUGGUGGGUUGUUGGUCUUUGGAAAGGGUGAAAGGCAGUUAUGUUAUGUAAAUAUUUCAAGUAACAGUUUGGCAUGUGAUACUGUGCCAGUGAAUUUAGUUACAAGACAUUCCUUUGAUUUCUUUUAUAAUCAAAUGAUACACUUGCUUAUCUCUUAAUCUACAUCCUGUCUUGCAUCUUGUUCCCUCCAGAGGCUCCCUCCAAGGGGUUGGCUGUGACACUAGGAUCCCCAUCUGUGCUAUUCUGUACUUUUGGAAUUUCCUGUUCAUCUUUCUCUUUUUUCUUAUCUGAUGCCAUGUAAUCACCUGUUCUCAGGAAAAAAUGUUACUUUUACCUUCCCCACUCUGACUUUCAUUUCCCUUCCUGCUCCUCCAGUAAAACCUACAAUGGUAAUUAUUCUACUUGAAUUUCCCAUUCCAUUCUGAUUCACAGCACUUUCAUUUGUAUUUCCUGCUUAACUUAGCACAAGUAUACACUGUUGCUGCUCUUGCUGCAUGCACCUCAUUUAUUUUCUGCUUCUGUGGACCAAUAAUAGCUGGUCAUAUUUCUGUGGGGCACUAAACCAACAAAUUAUCUUCAUUAUAAGUUGUAUAAUAGUAACUGCUGGUGGCUUUAAUGCCCUCACUUAAAGGUGGGAGUGAAUGAUCUUGCUACCUUACAAAGUAACUAGAACCACCAGACAUUAAUUAAGCAACAAGUCUGGUGAAAGUGAAUUCAAAAGGCUAUGCAUAAUAAAGGUUUGUGUUAAUAAGUCUCGCAUUUCCAGUGGUGGUAACAAUACUGCCUCUGUAGAACCACCAGUACCAGUGUGGUGUUGAGUGCCCACUACCCACACAAGAGACACCCUUAGCUGUGUCUCGCUGUUAACUUCCUUUAUUUUGCAUUUUGUUGUCAGAUUCAAGCCUCAGCUCUCAGUGUCCUCCACCCUAUCACAGUUUUAGGCUGAAAAGACAUGUAAUCUUGCCAGCAAAGUGUUCCCUUAUGGAUUUAAGAAAGGCAGUGAAUGACAGCAAGAAUUUCUGUCUUUAGCUACAGAAGGAGAAGCUAUUGGAGGUGCUGAUCAGCACUCGACGAUUCCCACAACAGUGAGUCGGUUCUCUGGGCUCACACGACUGUCCAGAGGAUACAAACGAAUAUUCAAAAUGAUUAUUGUUUAUCAUGAUUUCCAGUAGAUUAUGCAUUGCCUGAUAUAUAUACUAUAUAUAUAAUAUAUAUACAUAUAUAUACAUAAUAUAUGAAUAUAUUUGUGAAUUUAAGAAUUGGUUGUGCCUUACUUGUUUGAUUUGUGGUAAUGUUUUAAGAGAAUGCAUGUUAUAGUGAGAGCAAGUGUGAGUGAGUGAGUGAGUGAGUGUGUAUAGAUAUAGAGCUGUGAGAAAGGUGACCACUACCCUUUGUUCAAAAGUAUCUUGCCUUACGGGAGGUGCACUCUGGGGAUAGUCGGUCUCCAAACAGUCCCAUAAAAGACAAGUCAGUAUUUUGUCAUGUCCAUUGUGGACUUUGUUAGUGUGUUUGGUGUCUGGGGAUCUUGCUGUCUGGUAGAUUUGUUGAGGCCAAGUUUGGCUGUUGAUGGCUGUGUGGAAGGAAAAUGUCAAGAUUUCUUGUUUGUUGUAUAUGUGUUUUGAAAUCUGAGAAAAAUAUAGUUUUAAAGGACAAUCAUGUCUGGUUAUAGAAUGGAGUGUUUUUUCUGUGUCAUCUCUGGCUGGGCUAACUAACGUGCAUGAUCAAGUUAUGUAAUGACUUUAGAUGAAAUUCCUUACGAGUUACUGAUUUCCAAACUUAUGGCACUUCAUGUGAUUUAUCCUGUUUGUACGAGUAAUUCUUGUGUAAUUAUUUCGUUGAUAACUUCUGGUGGAAUCAUCAAUUUCUUAUUAUUGCUGAAAUAUUUAACUUAUACAUUCAAGAUGCUUACUUUGGUUGUCAUAAACUAAAAUCAACGCAUCAGUUAGAUCUAGAUUAACGUAUAACCUUUGAUUUAACCAGUACUCAUAAUGAAGGCUGGCCCAACUUUCACAAAACUUCAUGAGAUUUCACCAUAAUGGAUGAAGAAUAUAAUGAAAGCCAGAAGGAAAUAUUUAUACAUUAUGCUGUAAUAAGACUUGUUAAUAGAGUUGGUGUUACAAGAGUUUGCUAUGGCAUGAUGUAUAUUGUUUUGUUUGUCAAUUAUUCUUGCUGGUGAGUUGAGUGAUGCCAUCAGCAACAGUAACUGUCAUAGAGGUACAGGUGUGAUGGGUGCGCUGGGUGACAGGCGUUGAGGAGUGCUUCGGGCCACACGUUGGUCACCUGUCCACAGCUCGUGUGUUUCCUGUACAUAUAUUUUCUUGUAAAGUCUUGUGCAACACUUUCAUAAUUCAGUUAAUCUUUCAGUGUUAGUGAUGACUUAGAAUAAGGUAAUGAGUAAUAUUGCACGGGAAAGUUGACAGUGUUUAUGAAUAAUGUUUCAAAGGAUUUAUAUUUGUUAAGAGACAUAUCAGGGCAUUUCCUAGAUAAUUUCUAAGGAAAGACUGUAGGUUAAUAAUGUACAGAGUUUCUGGUAAUCCAUUUGAUUCUUAUCUAACUCUCACAGUACUAUCACAGUUGUUAAUGAUAUGUAAGAUAGUGUGACAUUUGCCAGCCAUCCUGCCUGCACUUUGCCCACAACUCUGUUAUCAAAUGCAAACAUUUAACAUUGAAGUUUUCUUAUUUUAUGAACACAUUGUUUAACCUAACCACACCUGACACUCUUCCUCAAAACACAGCAUCCCAGUAGCUGACACUUGUAUAUUGUAAUGGUGAACAGAAAAGUUUGUCCAGGUGAAUUGUUAUUUGUAAUUAAUAGUGAAAUAAGAGACCAAAUCAAUCGGUGUGUGAUUUUGGACAUUUGGCUCCAGUGUUGCUGCUGCAGCCUGGAGUGUCUAGUAUCAUCUAAUGUUUAAGGAUGAUGUUUCUUUUGAUAAAUAGUUGUAGUCUUGAUAUUUAUGCAUACUGUUUAUGCACUUCACUGCACACAUGAGCCUGCUUGUUGAACACCAUUUUUGCUGUAUUUUUUUGUUGUUGGUUGGUACAGUUGACCAACUGAUCGUGAUUUUACAGAUUUUGGUGUGGCUCAUUUCAGCAUAAUAAGACCCACCAGGGUUACUGUUCACCUGCAGGUCCAUGUCAUAUUAAUGUUGAUAAUAUUAGCACAAAUUAUCUACUUUAUAUCCAUUUUAAUUGAAGGUUGUGCGCCUCCUGGCUUAAAUUGACAUCAUAAAAGUCAUUAUUAAUG